AUGUCGAUGUUCGCCAAGCUUUCGGACGACAGCGGUUACAUCGAGAAGAAGGAAGUCACGGGCGUGAUCGAGACCAUCUGUCAGAUCACUGGACUCGGCUUCAUGCCGCCUGAGGCAAUGGUUCACAUGUUGUUUUUCAAGCGCCCAUGGGCCAGCCAGCUGCCCGCCUCGUACGCGCCCGCCCUGAACCCGCGCCGCGCGGCCCCGUUUGACCCCCUCGUGACCGACCACCAGACUGGCGGGCUGGACGGAAAGAUGGAUCGCCAGGAGUUCUCCCAGCUGGUGCGCCAGCUCUUCUCAAUGAUGGCCGACCAGAAGGCCGCGGAGGAGGGGGUGCCCGCGGCGUGA